CAGAACAUCAAAGCUAAAACCGAUGAGACGCAUACACUUUUAUCAUUUUUUGUUGUUGUUGAAACCAUGUGACGAAAAUAUGAACAAAUGUUUCGCACCGGAAACACCACCUAGUGCGCCACCUAGUCUUUAGGAAGGAAGAGCUUUUCUUCCUUCUAGUUAAGGGUAUCAAGUUCACUAAUUGACAAAACCUAAUCCUAGAACUUCUAGACAAGGGUAUAAUCAGCAGGUUACGGCGGCAGUAUGAAAUGAAACUCGUAAAAGAAUGUAUUCUAUUGAACUUUUCAAUCUUUUGUUUUAUAUUUCUUUUUGCGGAAACAAGAGAGAGGUCUUUGAAACAUAAUCAAUGGAGUGAAGAUUAUAAUAAAAACAACACGGCCAUUAUAUCUCCUCCAAAACAAGUAAAGAGCCAUAUUACUUCGAAAUCCGAGCAGAGGAAUGAAAGCCUAAAGAAAAAUUUUCUGAUUGAUGUUGAUAAUCAUCUUUCUUCAACUAACCCGCAGAAGAAAAACAAACCAUCAUUUAAUCUGGAUAUUUCAAAACAGACAUCGUCUGCUUUUCUGAAAGACUCGCAUAAGAAUGGAAGACAUCGUAGACAUCUCAGGACACUUGAACGGGCAAGAACGUAUGAGAAACCAAUGUUUACAAACACUUUUGCAAUGAAGUUGAGUGGAGGAGAAACAGUAGCAAAGGAAAUUGCCCAAAAUUAUGAACUGAAACUUGUUAGAAGGAUUUUUGAUGACUACUUUCUCUUCAAGCAUAAUUCGGUUUGUCGGAGAUGUAAGCGUGCUGCCACUAGACAUCUGAAAAAAUGGACUCAUGACAACAGGAUUGAAUGGGUAGAACAACAACAGCUCUUGAUUCGACAAAAACGACAAUUAGACCCGGACCUUCCCGAAAUCAUUUAUGAUAAAGCAGUGGAACUCCCGCAAGUUGAAAUUAUGGAUAAUUCAAUUUAUUAUAGAAUGAACGAACAGGAAACUGCUAUUCUCGAUGAAGUUGACAUGAACUUUAACGAUCCGUUUUAUCAUGAUCAGUGGUACUUGCACAACAGAGGGCAAAUUGGAUAUCCAACUGAAAACGACAUGAACAUACUUCCCGUAUGGAAAGCAGGCUACACCGGAAGUGGCAUACAUCUGGCUGUAUUAGAUGAUGGUGUGCACCCUGAAAAUCCAGAGAUUGCCAAGAAUUAUGACCAUUCGAUCAGUUUUGACUUUGUUGAUAUGAAGGAUUUGGACCAUCAGAGUACAGUAAACAGCAGCCACGGAACGUCCUGUGCUUCUAUCAUUGCUGCAGUUGCUAACAACAGUAUAUGUGGAGUAGGUGUAGCAUACGAGGCCAAGGUUGGAGGGACAAAAAUCUUGGAUGGCCCUGUAACUGAUGCUCAAGAGGCUUUAGCACUUACACAUGCCUUACAUAUAGUUGACAUAUAUAGCGCCUCCUGGGGACCAUCAGAUAAUGGGCGGCACCUCGCAGGUCCUGGAGAAUUGGCCGAAAAAGCUUUCAUCAGAGGUGUCACACAGGGACGUAAAGGAAAAGGUGCCAUUUAUGUUUGGGCUGUAGGGAACGGGGGAAAGAAGUUUGACAAUUGUAACGCUGAUGGAUAUGCUUCAAGCAUCUUUACCAUAGCAACUGGAGCGCUAACUGACGAAGGUCUUAGCGCAUACUAUUCAGAAACUUGUGCUUCUGUACUAGCAUCAACAUACGUCGGUGGAUCUCAUAAGCCUCCUACAAGGGAAACUUUUCAACGUGACCGAAGAAAAAUCAAAGUUGUGAGUUAUGGAUUUAGGCUUAAAUAA